UAACACAGUACGUGCCCGCUUUUUAGCACUGUAUAUGCUUCUUUUGUCCUCCUAACCUCACUGAGCCCUAUUAUAUCCCAUUUACUACCCUCUAAUUCCUCCAAUAACACUGCUAGACUCGCCUCACUAGAUAACGUUCUAACGUUAAACGUUGCCAGGUUCAGAUUCCAAUGGUGGCCUGUCCGGAGCCAGGUAUUCUUAGCACCCUCUGCUGCGUCACAGAUCUGACCGCCGCCGUGGUCAGUUGCUUCGCGGCUGCUGGGGACUGAGGUCCGGGGUUUGAUUGUUGUGUUCAUAUAGGAGGUUGUGGCCAAGUACUGCACCAGGGUGGCCAAUCCUGCUCUGGUGAGAGAGUGCGUUACCGGUUCUGGUCACCGGGAUCAGGCCGCACUCCAGGCCUGUUUGUGCAAUUUUCUCAACACACGGUUUUUUUUUCCGGUGGAGAAUCGCGCGGCACCGGGAUUCGAACCACGGUCCUCUUGCACGCGAGGCGGACACUCUACCGCCCGCACAGGAGUUGUACGCCUCAUUUAACCUACAGUGGGUUAAAUUAACCUAUUUUGAUCAGUCAAGGUGGACCAAUCUGAGCUCGGUUAUACCGCACGGAUGGCACUCAACUAGAGAACCUGGUAUUUAUGACCUGCACAUGUGUGGCCAUACAUAAUAGAUUUUUUUUUCCUUUUUUUUAGGAGGGUCCCUGUACAGUGAUAAACUAAAAGAAAAGACAUAUUAAAAAGGGGGGAAGGAAAAAAAAGGAAAAAAACAAAAAAAAAACAAAAAAAGGCUACAGGAUGGGGAGCGUGGCGCCGCCAACUGCCGCCAACUUGUAUGCUCAGUGUUGCCGUUCGUAAUUGCUAUCCUAAAACAGCAGAAAAAAUUAAGGCAGACACACUACCUGUGUAAUCUACCGUAUUAGUGUUAUUACAAUGUCGAUAACGGAUGCAAAGUUACGCACAUAUGACAUAUUGUUAAAGGCGGGAGCAUUCUAUUUAGAGUGCUCGACACUAAAGCACUGAAUGGAGCGAGGCCGCCAGCCCAAAAGCAAGGUCCUCCUCUUCCCCCGCCCCUUUUCUUCUUCGUGUGUACAAGGUGCCGUUAAAACAUGAACAAAGAAAGCAGCGGACGUAGGUAUAAUGAGCCGACUCGUGCGCUCGUCCAUGCUUACCUUUGAAGGUAUUGCCAAGCGACAGUAGCAGGGAAGUGACUUUGUCUACCUGCUCGCUCACCACGCACACAUAGCAUGACACAACUUCACAGCUCACACAUAAGAGCUGCUAACAAACUUUAAUAAGCAUGCAGUGGGUGGACAGCAGGGCUUAAAGCGUUGCAGUUGCCAUGACGCUCAUAGCAAAAAAAAAAAAAAAAAUCAAUAGCUUUUGCAUAUGUGGUUCUAUCUUUUCAAACUACAUAACAAUAAAGCGAAGUGAUGCAAUUAUGUGUAGAUAUAAAAUGUGCCUUUGGCUAUAUGAGUUUUCAGCAUCUUAUAUCUUUAUUUGGUCGCUUCAUUUAUUUUUUCUUGCACUGAAACUGCAAACCAAAACCGCGGGGCUGCGAGCGCAUGGUGAACGCAACGGUAAAAAUAGAAAAGACGCAAUAAUUCCCUUCCCAUUUUUUUUUUUUUGUCUUUUGUGUGCGCGAGUGCGUGUUGCUUUUAUCCUGCGCUACAAACAUCGCAGAUCGCGCGCUAACGCCCUCCAGAUUCAGCAUUCCGAAACUGAAGCAACAUAACAGACCGCAUCCCACAUACAUUCCUCACUCAAAUUUGGCCAGACACAUCGCUUGUCGCAUCACGCGUCAUAAUGGCUGCGCCCAUGCAGUUUCUCUCGUGCGUUGUUUUGCCUCUGUGAUGUGGUUUAUUCCGAGCAAUUUUCUUCGUUCAUCGACAUUGUCUUGCCUGUUCCAAUGUUUUCGACAGUAACGACAACAUCAGCGCGUCUGUAGUGCCCAUAAUUUUGUCUUGCCGGUGACAAAUCGCUGCAAAUUAUCGAAAGGAUGCGUGUGGUCUGCUGUUGUGCGCUCGGUGUUUGAUCGCUGCAAGGAAUACUGUGAUCCCUUCCACUCGUAGCAGUUGCUUUUGGUCAUGAAUAUGAAUGCUUUUUUUUACUUUUCUUGCGAGUAGCUUGAAGUCAACGAAGCGUUGACACUAUCUUGCUGCAUUUGUCGACACGCGACUGGCAGCUGAAGAACCCCUGUGAACUGUGUCAUAUGUGUUUUAUUUCUUUUUGUUCUGUGACUUUCCCUUACAUACGAUUCUGCUUGCCGACUAGGAAAAAUGCAUAAGUGGCUUUUUCAUAAAGAAACCAGCCCUGUGACGAGACAACCAAGAUCUUAUUUCUAGUCCGUAUGAAAGCUCGGCACGGGAGCGUUGGCAUCAGUUCACUUGUGACAAAAAACAACUCUUUAAUGAGGUUUGAUUUGAUAGUGAGGUUUUAGUAAGUAAGUUGUUCUAUUCUCAUAAAUGGCGAUCGUGCAUUCUGUUAAGUCGCCGUUAGCGUAGUUCGCUAAUUUUCGAAGUUUUCUCACAUCUGUGGCCAAAUACUACCUAUGCGGGCGUCUCCAAUUGUUACCUUUAAGGUAAUGGCAUGUGACUUGCUACGAGCCUACAGGAAUGCUGAAAAUUUCAUUUGGUGCUGCUCUACUGCCCUUCACACAGAUGCGCCACAAGCUGCAGACACCUUGUUGCCGGUCGAGCAUUCCAGUAGCCACUUGGAUCCCUGGCAGUUGCUGGACACCAACGGUCCGAACGAAGAGAUGCGGGUGGUGCAUGCGAGUGCCUCUGUGCUAGAAGAACCAAAGCCUGUGGCCAGCAGGAGUAACCGCAGCACGGCAGCCAUCCUCUCGGCGCGUCCUUUUCAGUGCCACUACUGUCCGAUGGGCUUCGCCAGCGAGUCUGACCUGGCUCGACACGAACGCAUACACACGGGAGAGCGGCCCUUCCGUUGCACACACUGCUCGGUGUCAUUUUCACGCAAGGACCACCUGGGUGUGCACAUGCGCAGCCAUACGGGUGAGCGGCCCUUCAGGUGCGGCCGCUGCACCAAGGCUUUCACUAGGACAGACCACCUUCGGCGACAUGUCCAGAUGCACCACCCUUGACUCACUGCUUUCCUUCAGUCACAAGGAUGGUUUAAAUGACCGGCACAGUGACCGAAAGUGGAGUGCCGACAUUCUCCAUGGAAGUUCUUGUGUGUGAUGUACACCUGGCCACAAAAUAUUACGAACCGUGAAACCUGAGAAAAAGCUGAAUAUCUCGGCAACAUCACAACGCAGCCUGGUAUUUGCAUUUCGGCCCUCGACUAGAAUGUGCUAACAACAUUGUCGUAUACAGUUUUUCAGGCUACUGCUGCAGGCUGCUCGGAAAUGGAACCUUUUCUAAGAUCCCGUGGCCUGUAAUCUUUUGUGGCCGGGUACACAUGCUUGCGUGAUGUGGUGACAGAGUGCGAGUCUCAUGCCCACGUGGCACCUCAAGCACUGACAUCAAGUUUGCUGGACAUCUUGCUCUGCUCAAUUGGCCAAAUCUACUCUUCUAGAGUGCAGAAUCAAUCACUGGUAAUUGUGUAUGCAGUAACUUUGCGCCAUCCAUUGAACUACAUUGAACGGUGUUUUUAUUCCCACUUUUAAAUCUAAAUCAGCCUUUGGUUUCUGAAUUUCCACAAGUGCAGUCUGCAGAAACUGAACUGCCUUUACCUCACUGUUUCGAACCAGCAAACAGCGUACAAGCCACUGGAAUGAGCUCUGCGUUAGGUUGUCUGUACCUUGAUGUUGCUGAAGCAGGAACUUCGGUCACAUUGUGGAUACGGUAUGGCAACACAUGGCCAGAAUCUAGUCCGCACAUGUGCUGUAACACUGUAGUGUGGUGCCACAUAUACUGCGCCGAAGAGUCCAGGACCUCGUGCAAAGGUAACUCAACGUCAUGCCUCAGACAAUUAGGUGCCACAGUGCUGGGAAAACAGGGACCACUUGCUAAUGAGACGCCAUGUUAGGGUGGUGCUCUAGAGCCUACCUGAAGUCUAUUCUUGCUGUCUUAAUCACUGCCAUGAUCGCACUCUAUCAGAUGGUCUACAUGCAAGUGAAGUACAGGGCUUGUAGUGAUUGACUGCCCGCGCAUUACACUCUUCGCCGUGCACUACAAACUGGGUUUAACUUCACCAUGCAGCGUACUGCUUGAACCAACAUGUUAAUUUUUUUAUUGCAAUAUCACUCAUCCUGGUGCCACUAGCACAGAUUGGUUUGGAUGCCUUUUGUUCUCACUGGCAUUGCACAGGCGCAAUGUUCAAACAAAAUGUUUAUUUGUAAACUUACAGAGUGUCAUAUUAUGCCUUUAGUAUCCGUUUUUGAAGGUGUACAGAUAUGAAAAUUGUGUGUUGCACAUUUACAAAAGAAAAAGAACAAAUAAAAAGGAGUAACCUGUCCUGUA